CUUCUUCUGCCUCGUGGCAUUGGCGUUCUCCAUAGCCAAGUCUCCCUGCAUUUAGAACCAGAGCGCCGACAUCAUGUCGGAUCACUCGACAGGUCCCUUUGGGAGCUCCGGAGCCCAUCCAUACCAGCUCCCACCUCCACGUACGUCCGCACCCUUACAGAUCGGGACGGACCCCUUCCUGCGUCAGCGCAAUCCAACAGAGAACCGCGAACCCGGCGAGAUAGCCUCGGGGCGGUCGAGUCUUUCUGGGCCACAGCUGGGGCCGAAGGAGCAACUGCCUCCUGUGAGUCAGUUACUGACGCCCAGUGCGCAUUCGAGCCGGCCAUCGUCUCCAUAUCACGCCCACAGAUUCGGGGUUUAUACCCCUCCCACUGGUAGCACAGAAUCACCAAUCCCUCGCCAUCAUAACGAACACAUACCGCGAUCUAGCAUUCACGAGAGCUCUCGGGCUUAUCCUGAGGCGGUCGCAUCGCAGAGUCGAAGCCUGCCGCCGUUGUCUCACAUUUCUACCAACACUGGAUUCGGACGCGAAGGCUCUAUACACACAGCGUCUACUAGUUCGUCCGGACACCCAAUUCACGCAACUCCUUUCUCAUAUCCUGGCUUCAAACCCCAGGAUAAGGAAUAUGGCGGGGAUUAUUCCCCAUCAGAAACCACAUCUGACAUGGCCUCGGCUAAUCGAUCCUCAGAUAGCAAUGUACGGCCUCACGUGGUGGAUGAGAGAUACAUCGACGGAGAAGGAUUGUGUUAUAUCUAUGCGGAUGGGUCGCACUGCCCGAAGCUUAUUGACGGCGUUCCAGUGAAUGCAAACUGGGGGAUCACAAAAGCCGGCAAGCCGAGGAAGAGACUGGCACAGGCUUGUCUGACUUGUAGGGAGAAGAAAAUCAAAUGCCAGCCAAACCUCCCCAAAUGCGACCAAUGCCAGAAGUCUGGGAGAAACUGCAGGUUCGAGAGCGCACCUCGUGGCCAUCGAGCAGCACUCAAAACGGCGCACCUCAUGGGCAAAUACGAUUCACAGGAGAGCUACUCUGCAGGCGGUUACACUCAUGGCGCCUCACCUCAGCCCUCAUACUCGACGAUGCGGGCAUCCGAGAGCUCAGUAUCCCUCCCAGGCACGAACUCGCUAUCCCCCAAGUCCGAAGCAUCCAUAAUCACCCCGUCAGCCGUUGACACAACUCAAGACGUGAUGGACUACGAGCCACAGUUUCGACCGAAAGCGUACAGUUUUGGCCGAGCAUCCUCGGGAGCGGAAGUCAUAGCCAAUACCACAGUCAGCGUGUCUUCAUUUGUGUCUCCAGAUUAUGCCGAAGUGUUGACAGAGAUGAAGGACAUGGACCCUCAAGAUCCACUUGCGAGCGACUGGAAUACAGACCCUUACGAGGCCGAUCCGGAACUUACUGUGCACUACAUCGAAAGCUAUUUCACCUACGUGAACGACCGGCUGUACUACAUCUUUCCACGAAAACGAUUUCUGCUGUGGCUAAGGGCGAGCCAUACCAAAUCCUUGGAAGACAACAUGCUUCUCUACGCGAUGAUGGCAUUAGGAUCGGUAUUCUCCGAUCGUCCCGACAGGAUGCUGGCGAUGAGGAAGUACGCACGCAUAGCUCGAUACGCAGUGGAGCAUGGCAGACACAAUUUGUCUUUGCAGCUUGCCCAAAGCCACAUCAUCCUCAGCCUUUGGUACUACGCCAUAGGAGCCCUGGUGCAAUCGUGGGACGCUGCUGGUGCGGCCGUCCGUACAGUAUGUGGACUUCGUUAUAAUGUCGAAGCAGGGGGAGUCAUUGUGGAUCAAAACCAGGCCUGUGAGUAUGGACUGCAUCCACAGGCUUUGAUUGAGUGUCGCAGGCGAACAUUCUGGGUUGCCUUCAUCAAGGACCGUACAACCUGCGUUUAUGCCCCGUCACCCGUCACCAUCUCCUCCCAGUCCGCUUACCUCCGACUUCCUUGCCGCGAAGAAGUUUUUGAAGCACAAGAAUAUACCACCGUACCUUACUUUCAGAGUUUCUUGAACCAGAAUCCUUCUUCCAACAACGACAUUUCCAGUGCGAGCGCCAUGGCACUUUUGAUUGAGAUCAUGUCGUUGUGGGGAGAAGUAUCGGACCAUGUCUUCCGGUUGUCGUUGAUCCCGACGGAAGUAUAUGGCGAACACUUUGAGCAAUUCUACUCGACAGUGGCUCGGCGCGCUGAGGAAUGGAUUGCAAGGCUUCCGGACCAUCUUACGUUCACAGCCGUGAACUUGGAACGGAGCAUCCGUGCCAAGAAAGCAGACGCAUUCUUGUCAAUCCAUCUGGUCUAUCAUGCUACGUUGAUGAAGCUGAACCGACAUGGCCGUCACCAGAGCAUUCGCGCGGAGGUGGUUAGCCAGCAUAUCCACGCCGCGAGAACCCAUGCGGCUGAUAUCCUUCGUAUGACCAAAGCACUGGUUCAGUACGCAACGGAGUACGAACCGACCCGGAUUCUCAUGGAGCCAAGUUCGGCCAAGGGAGCGAUCUUGAAUCCUUUUCUGGGCUAUGUGAUUCUGUCCGCGAUCGAUAUUAUCAGUGCAGCAGGCCGGUUGGUCGAGCUGCGCGAAUGUCUUGCGCUCAUCCAGGGUGGUCUUGAGGCAGUCAAAGAGCUGGCUCGGUUCUGGGGCAGUGCCCUGGCGCUAGCUACCUUGAUCCAAGAGCGGCUUGAUACCUUGAGCGCAUGUCUGGCGAGCCCAACGCAAACCGAGGGUAAAGUGGCGUUCCUGAGCAAUAGCGCGUCUCUGGAUAGCAAGGCCCGCAAUGUGCUGCAAAAGCAUGCCGAGCCAUCGACGGACGAGGAUCUUAUGUAUGGAGCAUUGCCAUAUGAGGGAUUGCUCAGUGCUCUAGGCGCUGGCAAUGGCCCUUUUCCGGCCGAAACCAUCCUUUGGGUUGGCGACACCAAAAGCUGAUACUGUUUUCGGGAGGAUCAUUGACUUUGAAUUUGGAGGCAUGUAAUAACAAAGCACGGCCAUUUUGUUGUUUUUGAUUUGACACAUCAUAUACCCGGGAGGCUUGUUUUGACUUGGUUCUGGAGUGGGUUUGUGACCACGCCAGUGAAUGAUUGUACAUACAUACUGUGGGGAGACGAGC